GAUUACCCGGAAAAUGUAAUAAGCAUCCGCGUAUUACAGGAAGGGCGUACGAAACCCAAAGAAAUUAAGGAAGCGGAAGAAAAGCGGGGAUGGGAAUGGAAGGAGACAAGGAAGACGAGAGAAAGGAAGCAGCAAUCGCAUCCACGCCGUGUCUGCAGCCCAAUUACAAGCCCAAAUCCCUCACCCAAACCCAGCUAUCCAAGUUCCAGGAGCUGCACCGGAGGAGGUUACAGAUCAAAUCAAAAUCAAAAUCAAAAUCAAAGAUUGGAAAGAAACCAAAAGGUAGUAAAGGAAAAUCUCACAGCAUAGACCUGGCUGCUAGAGAUACUGCAAACCAAGAUUCAGUCAUAACAUUUGAAACUUCAACUGUCUGUGACUCUGAGAACCAGAAGAAUGAAACCAGUUCUGUUGUACAGCAUGAGGAUAUAGCAGUCCGGGCUCCAAAGAAGAGCCACAAGUUACAUUGGGGGCUCGACACAAAGGAAAGGUGGGAAAGGAAAGCAAACAUGUAGAGGAUCCAUGGCAACAUUUCGCAAAUGCCUCUUGAAUUUUUCUAUUAAUUUCGAAGAUGUGCCCGAAGGUGCUUGACGUGGGUGAUCAUGUUGGAUUCAUUUUCGCACUAUAAAAGGUGCAAAAAAUAAUAGGGGCAAUAUCCUUUGUAUACUUUGUCUCAAGCAUUUUUGCUAGAUUUUUUAUGGCAAAACAAUCUGUUCUUUCGCCACUAGUCUUGAGAGAUUGUGUUAUAUCUUUUGCAGAUUAACAUUAAUUUUAUGGAUAUCUGCAGAGAACUGUAUGUGCUGCGGUAAAGCUUAUUCGGUGUCAAUUAUGUUGGCUUGUGUUGGUAUGGAUAAAGCUUAUUUGGUGUCA